UCGAUCUUGCCCAUUGCUAGUCAAAAUAUUUAAUAAAAAUAAUUCCGACGGAAAAUCAAAACCUAUAGUUUUGUAACUGUGAAAAUAUCUGGUAUUUUGUAAAAAUGAUCCAAUGCUCACCCAAAAUCAUACAAUCUACGGCACGGAAUUUACGAGGAUUAUGUAGUUCCUCAAUUAGAUUCAGCGACAACCUUUUUGUUCAUCGUGACACUGCAGAAGAUAAUCCUAACAUACCUUUUGAAUUCACAGAGGAUAACAAAAAGAGGGUUGAAGCAAUUCUUAACAUUUAUCCAGAAGGUCAUAAACGCGGCGCGAUGAUACCUCUUCUAGAUUUGGCUCAGAGACAACACGGAUGGCUUCCGAUAUCUGCUAUGCAUAAAGUUGCGGAAACAUUAGGUCUUCCCAACAUGAGAGUUUAUGAAGUUGCUACCUUUUAUACAAUGUUCAUGCGUAAACCAACUGGAACGUAUCACGUGCAAGUGUGUACUACAACACCUUGCUGGUUGCGUGGGUCGGAUAAAAUUUUAAAUGCUUGCAAGCACAAACUUGCAAUCAAUGUUGGAGAGACAACAGGCGAUGGAAAAUUUACUAUUUCCGAAGUGGAAUGCUUGGGGGCAUGUGUGAAUGCUCCGAUGAUUGCAGUAAAUGACGACUAUUACGAAGAUUUAUCUAUCAAAGACACCGAGGAAAUUUUGGAGGACCUUAAACAAGGAAAAGUUCCAAGACCGGGACCCAGAAAUGGGCGUUUUGCAUCUGAACCUUUCGGUGGUUUGACAUCGCUGACGUCAGAACCGAAAGGACCAGGAUUUGGGUUACAGCCUGGACUUUAAAUACGAUUUUAGAAAACUUGAUACUCGUUAUAAAAUAAAUGGUGCAGAUCGAUGUAUUAUAAUACAAAAAGUAGUACUCUUUCGGAUAUUGUAAAACAAUAAUCAACGUUGAAACUAAUUGAAUCCUAUUUCUAAUAUUAUGCGUUUGAUCUAACAA